GGGACAGAUAUAGGUAGCCAGAAACGUACUCUUCACGCUCUGGCCGCUUCCGUUCUUAAGCAAACUGAAAACAAAUAUGUAAAAUUUGAAUUAAAUUUUAAUGAAGAAAAAAAUAAAGCAAAAAAUUCAAACUAGUUCAUUGUUUGCUUACAUUUAUCUUCUUUGAAAAUAAAAUUGAUUUUCAUUGAAGAUUUCGUACAGCAAGACGCUAGAUGAGUAUAGCUUGAGCGUGUAGUUUAAUCAUUUUGGAAGGCUACCCAUGAAAUUAGCUCGUAUUAUUUUCAAAGUUUCAAAUUAAUACUCAUGGCAUCCAAUUACUCAAAUGAGUUUCCAGUUUGGGCUCUUCUUCCCAAGCGUGAAACUAAUGUAACAUCUUUUCUUAAUAAGUAUCCCGAGUAUGAUGGACGAGGCAUCACAAUAGCAAUUUUUGAUUCUGGUGUCGAUCCUGGUGCUAAGGGACUACAGAAAACGAGUGAUGGGAAGCAGAAAAUCGUUGAAAUGAUGGAUGGUUCUGGAGCUGGAGAUGUGGACACUUCUAAUGUUGUUGAAGCUGAGAAUGGAUUUAUUACUGGGCUCACCGGAAAUAAAUUGAAAGUGCCAUCUGAUUGGAAAAAUCCAACAGGAAAGUAUCAUUUAGGAGUCAAAAAUGCUUAUGAGUUAUAUCCCAAGAUUUUGAAAGAACGAAUUAUAAAAGAUAGGAAGGAAGCAUUUUGGGAUGCUGAUCACAAAUAUCAAUUGGCAGAAGCGAGUCGAGCCUUGCACGAAUUUAACAGUCAACAUACAUCUCAACUUACUGUUGAAGAGAAAUUCAAGAAAGAAGAAUUAGAAACUCAAAUCGAAAUUUUGAAUACUCUUGAAAAAAAAUAUUGUGAUCUUGGUCCAACAUAUGAUUGUGUUGUAUUUCAUGAUGGAAAAUGCUGGAGGGCAGUUAUUGAUACUUCAGAAGAAGGAGAUUUAGAAAAUUGUGAUCUUCUUGGCAGCUUUUCCGAAACAUAUGAAUAUGCCAGACUUACUGAAAUGGAUCUGCUGAAUUAUUGUGUUAACAUCUAUGAUGAUGGAAAUUUAUUAGAGAUUGUGAGCACUUCAAGUGCGCACGGAACUCAUGUUGCGAGCAUUGCAGCAGCCUAUUUUUUUGAUAAUCCAGAGAUGAAUGGUGUUGCUCCUGGUGCUCAGAUCGUCAGCAUCGCUAUUGGAGACCGUCGUCUCUCGACGAUGGAAACUGGGACGGCAUUGACUCGUGCUUUAAUCAAGGUUAUUAACAGAAAAUGUGAUGUUAUCAAUAUUAGCUAUGGAGAGCAUUCUCACUGGUGUGGAGGCCGUUUAAUGGAGCUUGUACAUCAAGCAGUUGACAAGCAUGGUAUUAUUAUGGUUUCAAGUGCUGGUAAUCAUGGACCAGCCUUAUCUACUGUUGGCACUCCUCCUACAUGCCCUACAAACUCAGUUAUUGGUGUUGGAGCAUAUGUUUCACCGGAUAUGAUGCUUGCUGAGUAUUCUUUACGGGAAAAAAUACCCAGUUUAGGGUACACAUGGACUUCACGAGGACCUGGAUCUAAUGGACACUUAAGUGUUAGUGUAUGUGCUCCAGGUGGUGCCAUAACAUCUGUGCCAUCGUGGACUCUUAGAGGUUCUCAACUCAUGAACGGAACAUCUAUGAGCUCACCUCAUGUUGCUGGAUGUGUUUGCUUGUUGCUGUCAGGGCUUCAAGUACAGAAUAUACUAUACUCUCCUUAUAGCAUUCGAAGAGCCAUUGAAAACACAGCUCUAAAAAUAAGCAAUUGGGAUGCUUUCAGUAUGGGGCAUGGUUUGGUUCAGGUUGAUAAGGCAUUUGAAAAUUUGGUUACUUAUUCAAAUAUCAUUGAGGCAUUUGUUCGAUUUAAUAUUACAUGCAACGGCCAAAGUGGUAUCUACCUUAGAGAUUCUUGUAAAACAAAGUCGCCGAGUUCACUCAAUAUUUCAAUAGAGCCGGUAUUUUUAGGUGAUUCAACUGCAGAUCCAGAAAAUAAAAUAAACUUCAAUAUUCAUUUAACACUUGUAUGUGAUGCUCCUUGGGUUUUUGUGCCUUCAAACAUGUGCCUCAUGUACUGCACAAGAAGUUUCAAUAUACGCAUUGAUCCCAGUGGGCUGCCAGUUGGAGAACACUUUACUUGGAUUAAAGGUUAUGAUUGCUCUGAAGUGGAAAAAGAACCUGUUUUUCAUUUUCCUAUCACAGUAAUAGUCAGUAGAAAGUUGUGUGAAGAUCCAUGGAGUUGGAAUGUCCCAUCCUGUAGUUUGUUUCCUGGAAAAGUAAAUAGAGAAUUUAUUGAAGUUCCAGUGGGUGCUACUGUUGCUAAUGUCCAUCUUACUUCAUGUGAUUCUAAGAAUAAUGGCUGCAUUGUACUUCAUGCGAUUCAGAUCCGUCCACAAAUGUUUUGCAAGGCCCAAGAAUUUUACAAAGUGGUCAGACUAAGCCCCAAACAGGAAAUGACCUGUGUUUUCCCUGUCAGAGAAAAAAUUGUUUUAGAAGUAGCUUUUGCUCAAUGGUGGACUUGCAUUGAUCCUGUGAAUAUAAGUUAUUCUAUUUCUUUUCGAGGCCUCAAACCAGAUUCUCCAGAAAUUGUUAUGCAUGGUGCUGAUGGAAUUCAUCGUGUGGAUGUGACCUCCACCCUCACAUAUGAAGAUAUGUAUCCAUCUGCAAGUCUAAAAUCAUACACAAUGACACUCAGGCCGAACGAAUGCAAAAUUUCUCCUUUGAAGUCCAGAGAUAUUAUUCCACCUGGAAGACAAGUGUAUGAAGCAGUCUUAAAUUAUGCUUGUAAUGUUGGAAGAUCUACAGAAAUUACUCCUUCAUUCUCCCUGCUUUCAGAGCUAUUGUAUGAAUCUGAGUUUGAAUCACAACUUUGGAUGCUGUUUGAUAGCAAUAAACAAUUAAUUGCUCUCGGAGAUGCUUAUCCAUCUAAGUACGCUGUCAAAGUUGAAAAGGGAGACUAUGUGUUGAAGCUUCAAAUUCGUCAUGACGAUGUCAGCCUUUUAGAGAAAAUGUCCGAAAUGCCCAUGUUGAUAAGUGCAAAGAUGCAGUCGUCCAUUACUCUUGAUGUUUAUGACAAACAUUCUCUGGCUCUGAUUGGUGGGAAAAAAAUGAGUUCUCAAAUUAUUCCACCAGGAUGCACCGUCCCAAUUUUUUUAGCUCCUAUUCCAAAUGAUAAAUACCCAAAAAAUUGCAGUCCUGGUUAUUAUCUUCAAGGAACAAUAACAUUUUCAAAGGAUGACGCUAUAAAAAAAGCUGAUACUUACAGUUUUAAAUAUAUUGUACCUGAGCUGCCAAAGAAAUCGUCUUCAAAACAAAUUGACAAAGAAAAGACUUUGGAGGAGGAAUAUCAGGAAGAAAUGAAACAGCUUAAAAUCAAUUGGAUCACAAAGUUUGUGGGUACUUCUUCUCAAGAGUUGUUGGAUGAAAUGAUUGAGAUAGAAAAAGAUACUAAGUGGCCUUUACUAUCAGCUCGUUUACAAUCGUUGGAUAAAGAAAGUGAUAAAAGUCCAUUUAAAAAAGAAAAUCUUGAAUCUGUUAUUGAAAUGGCUGAUAAAAUUUUAUCUUCCAUCAAUCAAACUGAGCUCCUAGCCGCUCUGGGUUCAAAAAAUGAAAAGAAGGACAGCGCAAAUUUUAAAAAACUUGAGGUGCAGAAGAAUUGUGUUAUUGAUGCAUUGGUGUGUAAAGGAAAGGCUAUGAUUGAUUUAGUUACAUUGCAACCAGGUUAUGCUGAAAGUAGCAAAGAAGGAAGUACUGAAACUUCACCUGUUGAGACUUCUGUUGGAGAUUCUGUAACUGUUCCUCCUGAAUUUUCUAUACCUUAUGAGAGUAUCGAUGCAAUAAUGACUGAGCUUCAAAAGUGGACAGAAAUGAACGAUGCUAAGAUUUCUGCUUUGAUUGAGAGACAUUCUCUUAUUCAUUCUCACUUUGGAAGAGCUUUGAAAUUGCUACUCAAGCAACAGGAUGAUAGAAGAAAUAAAGAUAAUGAACUUAAAAUCAUCCAAAUAUUUAAAAGACUUGGUUGGGAUCAUUGUGCUACAUUUUAUGAAAGAAGUCAUCUCGUUAAAUACCCUUUAUCUUAUCCAUUAUUUUAAUGUUUAAAAUCUUUAACAAUUAAAUUGAUCUGUCUCAUUAGUUUCCAUUGUAAAAUGCACUUCUUUUUGCAUAAAUGUGUAUUAAUAUAAAAUUUUAUAUGCAUAAUACUGGAUGUAAAAUAUAUUUCUUUUUAUGAAAAACUUUUUUAAUGAACAACUUUUUUUAUUAAAAAUAAAACCUUAUAUUUUUGUGUAACAAUGUCCUCUUUAAGGUUGGUAAUUUAUGUUCAAUNACAAAAAAAGUC